AUCGAACGUACCCCUGCUAAUUUGGUUGAAGCCGUACACACUGUAAGUCGCGAAGACCGCGCUUGCGCUGCUGGUGACAAGGACAAAUUUCGGGGCUGUACUAUUUGGUUCACAGGAUUGAGUGGUUCCGGCAAGUCAACCUUGGCCUUCUCGCUUGAACGUCAACUCGUCUCGUUGUGCAUGAGCGCCUACUCUCUUGAUGGGGACAAUGUGCGUCUGGGACUAAAUAAAGAUCUUACUUUCUCCGCUGAAGAUCGAGCAGAAAACAUCCGACGUGUUGCUGAAAUGGCCAAGCUGUUUGCUGAUUCAGGCACAUGCAUUAUAACCAGUUUCAUUAGUCCCUAUGAAAAGGAGCGUAAGUUUGCCCGUCUUCUUCACGAGAAGGCUAAUCUGCCCUUCAUCGAGGUGUACCUCUCCACUCCGUUGGAGGUUUGCGAGGCGCGCGACUCCAAGGGCCUCUACGCCAAGGCCCGCAAGGGCAUCAUCAAGGACUUCACUGGAAUCAGCUCGUCGUACGAGGAGCCCGAGUGCCCAGACUUGCGUCUCAACACAGCCGAGCUCAGCGUCGACGAAUGCAUUGAUAGGCUUCUCGAGAUCCUCAUCGAAAAGGAUAUAAUUCCAUCCUGGACUGGGGCCAAAAUCUGCGAGCUCUACGUGCCGGCCGCGGAGAGGAGUGCUUUCCGCGAAAAAGCGGAAGCUCUGCCCAAGCUCGAGAUAACUGAGGUCGAUCUUCAGUGGGUUCAGGUGCUGGCCGAAGGGUGGGCUUCGCCGCUACGCGGUUUUAUGCGCGAGAACGAGUACCUUCAGACUCUCUAUUUUGGGGGACUUGUGCAGGGCCGAGGCAAAAUCAUAAACCUGUCAAUCCCGAUUGUCCUGGCUGUCACAACGGAGGACAAGGCGAGACUCACUGGGUCCUCCCUCACCCUCACCCACACCGGUCGUCCUGUCGCGCUAAUGGAGAACAUCGAGUUCUACGCCCACAGAAAGGAGGAGCGCUGUAACCGAAUUUUCGGUAUUUGCGAUCGUGGCCACCCUACCAUCGAACAGAUCAUGUCCUCCGGUGAUUGGCUGGUUGGUGGUGACCUCCACGUCCUCGAACCGAUCGCGUGGAACGACGGACUCGACAAAUUCCGCCUCAGUCCCAUGCAGCUUCGGGCCAAAUUCAAGGAGAUCAGGGUACGUGGAUGGCAUUUCACUUUCAACCGUAGCACUCAUGUUCGUUCCUUGUUUGUUGGUUUGGAAAUGAAUCGAAUUGCGGCCAAUAAAAAGGAAAAUUGGGACGUUACGUUGUUGGGCAGUCUUCUCGAAAUCUUUUUUGUUUGUGAUUGA